GGAAAGUGGAGAUCCAUUAGUGCGAAGAUGAGCUUUAUUUGCAUCCCUUUGUUUGCUUUCAAUUUUUUUAUUUUUUAUUUUUGUUAAGGAUUGCCUUAGUCCCCGCCGGCCAGCGCUCAUGCAACUCCGGCCCCGGCGCUGCAUAUCGGCUUGGCAUUUGAUCAAACAGGAAGCGGGCGGUUAUGCCGUUUCAAGCUUCCAAGCUCGACCUCCUCAAAACCUCAUCCUCUCCCCACUCCGUCUCCUCCCUCCUCUUCGAACACUCCUCCAACUCCCUCGCGCUCUCUCUAUCCGAUUCUUCCCACCUUCUCUUCCCCUCCUUCUCCCCAUCCUCCCCAUCGCUGCCGCCCACAGUCGUCCCUUCCGCCUCCACCGCCGUGUCCUUCCUCCGCCUCCUCCCUACCAGCCGCGUCCUCUUCUUCGCCGCCGCUCCCCUGGACGCCGGCGCAGCUCUCGCCCUCCGCGCUUGGAUCCUCCACCUCAAUCCCCCGCGCUUCGCAUCUGUCCGCCUUACUUACAAGAAGAGCGCGCCUGCCACUCUUCCCCUGGCGCAUGGUUUCGGCGUGCGGCUCAUCGGGACGGUCAACUACUUUGUUGUUCACGCGCCAGCCGCUAGUCAGAUCUGGGUGAUGGCUGCGAGGAUAGAGGAGGGGGAAGGGAAUGAAUUGAUGAGCAUAGAUUUGGUGAAGUGCGCUGUGGUAGACUGCGAUCUCCCGAUAUAUUCGAUCGGGAUGUCGACGGGGGUUAUGGUGCUUGGUGAGAUUGGUGGUGUUAGGGUUUUCCCCAUGAGGACGUUGGUGAAAGGGGGUGAGCUCAAGGGGAAGAGGAAAGGAUACAUGGCUGCUGGUAAGAGUGGCGAUCGGUUGUUUGGGCUGGGGAAGAGGGCCGUUCCGAAUGGGGUGAUAAUUCCUGUUAGCCGUCCAGAUGGCGGAGCUUCUGCUAGAGUUGAAGGAAUCAUGGAAGAAAAGACCGAUGGAAAUCAAGCUCCCGGUAAGUUAAGGUGUGCAAGAUUGAGACAAAUCUCUGGCGAUCUUUGCUCGUUUUUCAUCAAAAUUAAGUGCAAUAAUACCAUUUCUGAAAGCAACUCCGGAGCUCUGACAUCAGUAAAAGCAAUUUCAAUCCAUGUGCUGUCUCAGAAGCAGUUUUUGAUAUUGGAUUCUGUUGGAGAUUUACAUCUCCUGACCCUGCAUGGUACUUUUACAGCAUCGGAAGUUCGUGCUGAUUCUUCUUCGAAGUAUGCUCAAAUGUACUGUUUGGAUGUGAAGAUGAAAGUGCAAGUGUUGGCGGUUCCUCCAGACAUUUCUGCAAGACCAGAAUUUAUUUGGAUAUCCGAUGGAGCAUAUUCGGUGUACAUGAUGUCUAUGGCCAAUAUUGGAUCUCCUGAAAAGGGUGGAGAGAAAGAUGAUAAAAAGGAAAAGUCUACCCUACUCUCAGGUAAUACCAAGCAGAAGAUGCCAAGAUGGAGAUAGAGAUGCUUUCUACUGCUUUUUUUUUUAAGCUUCUAAAAAUUGAUUUAAGUCUUCACUGUUGUUUAUUGUGCAUUUUCAUUUAUUAGUUUCCGUUUCUUGAUCAUUGAUGCUAAUUGGUUCGACCAUGCAAUAUCCAUCUAGCUGCUCAAGUCAUUUUUACUAGUGAGAAGGUUCAGCACAUUAUAGCUCUUUCUGCCAAGGCAAUUCUGGUUCUUGGCCAAGGAAACAUAUUUGCAUAUUCAAUAUCUUGAAAGAGUGAAAAUUAUGGCCAGUUUUCAACAAUUGUUCUACAUUGACUUGAUUGAAAUUGGUGCUGGUUUUGAUCGAAGAUGGCAACUUUGCCACUUACAAGGAUGCUUUUUAGCGACGAGUCAGAAGUUGUAUGAGCUACAUUCUUUUUCACUUCAGCCUGAAUUUUAUAACUUCAAGGAGAUUGAUGAAGCUCAAAGAAGUUCCAUAGGCCAGCAGGUUAUGACUUUAUAGAUGGUUGAUGCUGCUGGAUAUAACUCUCACAUCCAUAACGUUUGAACUGAAUGAGAAGGUGAGGUGCUCAAAGGAUAUCCAGAUGAACCUCCAGUGCUUGGUCCACUGCUCCAAUGAAUAAUAUGUGAGUUUAUUGUUAUUAUGUAAUGAAUUAUUUAUCAUUCUUUUCUUUAAUGUUUUCUUUGAUGAUAAGAUUAUAGAUUACUCUUGUUUUAUGCUUUGUUGUUUGGCUGUAAUCAUUGGAUCAUUGUAUCUUAAUAAUUCUCUAUUGUUUUUCGACUGCUUGAUGUUGUA